AUGCGUCAUCUUCUAUGGCGUAUUCUUCACGAGUCCAUUCCUAGCAAUGUUAAGCUAGCCACUAGGAUUCCUGAAUUCCCAAAGACGUGCCCGAGAUGUGGAUUGGAGGAUGAAAGCCGACUUCAUGCUUUGAAGGACUAUAAUGUGGUUAGGGGUUUGUGGUUAACUUCUCCUCUUAAUCUUCGGGUUGACAGUUUCCCAUGCAGGAAUACUACAGAGUGGUUAUCGCAGGUCUUUAGCGUCUUCAAGCAGGAGGAGCUUCAAAUUUUUUUACAGUGUCUGUGGCUUAUUUGGACGGAUCGUAAUAACCUGGUGUUUGGAAAUACAAGAAUGCCUUUUCAGACGCUCUUUCGUCAGGUUAAUACAGUGGGGAAUAACAAUUCAUCUUCGGAUAGAACUUCGAAAGCUCUUCGUCAUGCUGCGCCUUCUUCCUGGCAACGGCUUCCAGCUGAUUCCACCAAGCUCUACACGGAUGCAGCGCUCUCGAUCAGAAAUUUAUUAUCAGUCGCAAACGCAGUUUGCAGAGACCACAAUGGUAAGGUGGUUAGAUGGGGAGUAUCGGUUUUGCAUGGGAUUACAGACGUUGAGUUGGCUGAAGUAAAAGUCUUUCUGUUUGGCAUUCAAAUUGCUGCUUCUAUUUCAAGGGCCUCUUUGUUCUGUGAGUCGGAUGCUUUAUAUGUAAUCAAUAGGGUUCUUAAUCCUACAAAUGCGAUUGAUCCAAUCAAGCUCAUUAUGGAUGAUUGUUUGGUAGCAACGAAAGGGGCGGAUCUACCCACAGGCUCGGAUAGGCUCAAGCCCGUGGUGUCGCCGGAGGUUUGGAGGAACGAUUCUGAUUUUUUGAAAGUCAGCCAUGGCUGUCGGAGUGAAGAAAAACUAAAGAAGGGUUGA